UAAGGCUUGGGGAAGGGGGGGUACAAGCCAAGCGACUCGACUCCAUUCGGAAAUAACUUCUCGCUUUCUCUUUUGCUCUCCUCUCCGAGCGGUGUGCCUUCUUUCUUUGCUUUCAUAAACGGUUGGUGUGCGGGUCGGGUAGAAGAGGAGGAGAGGAGACGGCGUGUGUGUGAGAGAGAGAAUGGCGGUCCGGUCCGCUUGGACGUGUGCGGUAGCUGUGGCCAUUCUGGUGCUCACUGGACAAGCUGUGAGUGGGAAUCAGGAGGCACAGUUAAUGAAAGAAAUCUUUGGGAAGUAUAACAAGAACACCCGGCCGGCAGUGAACCCAACAGACAAGGUUGAGGUGCAGAUCAAAAUGACCCUCACCAACCUCAUCUCCUUGAAUGAAAAGGAGGAAACUCUCACUACCAGUGUCUGGAUUGAAUUACAAUGGACAGAUUACCGUUUGGCGUGGAACCAGACAGAGCACCAUGGCAUCUCAGUGAUCCGGGUGCCGUACUACAUGGUGUGGUUACCUGACAUCGGCCUAGAGAACAACAUUGAUGGGAAGUUCGACGUGGCCUACAAUGCCAAUGUGCUGAUCGACUCCACGGGAUACAUGUACUGGCUCCCGCCUGCCAUCUACAGGAGCACCUGUGCCAUCGAGAUCACCUUCUUCCCCUUUGACUUCCAGAACUGCACCAUGGUCUUCAGGUCUCAGACCUACAGUGCCAGUGAGGUGGACCUGAUUCUGGCUAUGGACUAUGACCUUAACGAGCCCAUCGAGUGGGUGGUUAUCGACCCUGAGGCUUUCACUGAGAAUGGUGAGUGGGCAAUCAAGCACAAGCCCGCUCGCAAGAUCCUCAACAAGAAGUACACCCCCGAUGACCUGGAGUACCAGGAGAUCUACUUCAACCUGAUCAUCCAGAGGAAGCCCCUCUUCUACAUCAUCAACAUCAUCCUGCCCUGCUCACUCAUCUCCUCCCUCGUACUGCUCGCCUUCUUCCUCCCCGCACAGGCUGGUGGACAGAAGCUGACCGUGUCCAUCUCUGUGCUGCUGGCCCAGACUGUGUUCCUCUUCCUGAUUGCUCAGAAGAUUCCAGAAACAUCACUGUCCGUCCCUCUGAUCGGAAAGUACCUGAUCUUCGUCAUGUCCGUGACCACCAUCAUCGUCACCAACAUGAUUAUUGUCCUCAACUUCUCCCUCCGCACACCUAGCACCCACACCAUGUCACGCUCCAUCAGACAUCUCUUCCUGCAAGUGGUGCCUCGUUUCCUGGGCAUGGGCGCCCUGGUGGAAGACACUGAGGAGGGCGAGCGGGAGGUGGAGGGGGUGAGGGAGAGGAGGCGCAGCUCCUUCGGCCUGAUGCAGCGGGCAGAGGAGUAUGUGCUCAAGCAGCCGCGCAGCGAGAUGAUGUUCGACCGCCUGCGGGAGAGACACGGCCUGACCAGAUCCAUUGUGGAUGAUAUCGAUGUGAGCACCACCGCCACCCUCUACAAGAGCCUGGCUGAAGCAGCGCCCGAGAUCAAAGAGUGUGUAGAUGCCUGCAACUUCAUCGCAGAGAGCACCAAGCAGUCAAAUGAUGUUGGAUCAGAGGUGGAGAGCUGGGUGCUGAUUGGGAAGAUGAUUGACAAGGUGUGCUUCUGGGCUGCCAUGGCGAUGUUCACCAUCGGCACGGUGGCCAUCUUCCUCAUGGGGCACUUCAACCAGGUGCCCGAGUUCCCUUUCCCUGGGGAGAACAAGCGAUACAGCCCCCCGGAAUAAUCAGGACACCUGCUUGCCUGCUCUAGCAAUGGGGUGUUCCAAGAGCAUGGUUGAGUUGAAAACCUGACUACGUUAACCUACAGAAAGUAGUGCAAAGUAGUGUAAAGUAGUGUAAAGAUAAUCGACAGCCUGCAGGCUACAUGUAGUAAACCAAACGAGAUGAUUGGAUGAUUUACCACUAGGCCUACGUCAGGGACGGAUCAUGAAUCCAUGGGCCCCUGGGCCAAGAAAGGCCCCCCUCCAGAUGUUAGAGACGUGAUAUUGUUGGGGGUUCGUGGGUUCGUCCCCCAAGAAAAUUUGAAACUACAGUUGUUAAAAGGUUUUUUUAAACGCAAUGGAGAAUGGAAAAUAGAAACCUGGGCUUCAGGGCCCCCUUGACUCUUGGCCCCCUGGGCCUGGGCCCGGUAGGCCCAUGCCGUAAUCCAUCCUUAGCCUACAUCUAUAGGCUAAAUUAACCUGGUUUGCUACUGAACCAUCUUCUUAGAAUACCCCAAGUCUGAACUUACUUCAUGAGGUGAUAUUUGUUAUUUUUUAAUGUUUUCAAACCAUAUUUGUGGCACAUGACUUACUUAUUCUAUUUAUAUGAAUACCAUCUAGUGUCUAUUGAUGAUGCAGAGGUGACGUGGAUGUGAUGUUUUGUGUUUUAUUGACAUUUUUUGUAGAGAUGUCUUUCAUUGUUUAUGUAUGUACUACUGUACAAUGCCAUGCCAUAAGUUCAUUAUUUUAUGCGUCAUUAACUAAAGUAUUUUGUUAUUCUUUUGUGGCAUUUCAGCCAUUCAUCUCCAUCUUUAAUACAUUUGGGAAAGCUUCAUUUGACUAGCCUGGCAAGCCAGACUUUAACAUGAAAUGUAUAGUCUGACCCCACACCAUGGGUACCACUGUGCUAAGCCCAUCCCAAUGACUGAAUACACAGAUUCAAAACUGAAAAUUGUAAUUGGAAGAGAGAUCCAGGCCAGAUUCAUGGCUCGCUGCGAUUGAUUAUCCCCCAUGGUGCGAGGCUAGACCAACCCACCAGGCAAAAAACAAUUCUACCGGUAGAGUUUAGUCGAGCUUACUAAGCUAUCAGUUACCAUAACUCCUUCUCUUUCUGAUGAUAUUCUGGAUCUGUAUUACCACCAGUUAAUUAUCAUAAGACAUAUCAUUGUGAGCUUAGCACCUAAGGUUUACAUCAAAUGAAGACUCACUCGUUUAACACUAAAUGUGACCAUGUGCCAUUAAACUGAGUCAUUAAUACAGUAUUAAAUGGUUUCAGAUGGUUUCUGUAGUUAAUUGUGAAUUUCAAAAGUGCUGUUUAAUGGUACAUGAGAUUAAGAAGAAGAAAAACUCUCUUACUUGAAACCUUCUGUACGUAGCGCCUUGCUUAAGAAAAAAUGUGCAACAGCAUGGCAAGUUGACUGCAAAGAGGAAACUCUGCGUGAAUUUUAAAGAUGUUAUUAUAAUAUAAUAUGCCAAUAAUAAAACAGAC